AUGGAUAAUUCGGAUGAAUUUAAUUCUUUAUCUAAAAAAGAUGAAGAAGGUGAUAAUAGUGACGUCAAACUAUUAGUGUCUACAUCUACUCAAACCUCAUCUACUCCAAACUCAAAUGCUAUUAACAAAAAAAAAAGACCAAAAAAACAGGGAAAUGAACAAGCUGAAAAAGUUCAGUGUUCAUUUGAAGGAUGCAAAACAGAAUAUCUGUGGAAAGGAUCCACUACCAAUUUAAUAAACCAUCUUUGCGAUAUUCAUCAAAUUACUAAAGAGUCACUUAAAGAUAAAUCAUUAAAAGUUAAGCAACAAACCAUUCAACAAAUCAUACUUGAUAUGGGAGAGUUGGAUGAACAUCAUGCAUCUGAUAUUAUUGAAUCAGUUAAUUUCGUUCUUAAUAAAUUUAACAUUGAUCACCAAAAG